CCUCUUAUAUACUUACGUAGCUUCGCAUUUUUGGCACCAAUACUGUUACAAUGUAACUCACAGAGCAUUGACAAAGGUGAAAGUCAAACCCUAGUCACGAACGUCAGCGCCUUCCAUACAAAAUAAAUACGAUAGCAAAUGCAAUGUUAUCUUUGCCAGGCCUUCUGCGAGUGUUGCCUCUCGAUGCCCAGCACAAGGUGCUGGGCGACAGCUUCUCAAACCUCGCAGCAUGUCGCCAAGCCUGCAAAGACAUGCACGAGCUGUGUAAGCACACUGUCUCGCACGUUGACCUAUGCGUGAGCAUGGAAGCGCUUGCCCAGCUGAGGCAAGGGCCAGCUGCCAAGUCGCCCAGCGUCCUGUUCCCCUCAGCGACGCGACUCUCGCUGCGCCUCCCCGGCACCUCGUCAGCCAGCAGCCAGGCCGCGACUCUCCUGCUGCGCAUCAUACCCCCCAAGGUCCGGCGGCGCAUCACGCACGUCAGCAUCUUGCCGGCGUCAGAGGACAGCGCCCUCGACUACUUGCAGCUAAUGGUCACAGUGGGCGAGCACCUGCCGUGCCUGCAGAGCCUGUAUUUUGUCGAUAGUCGCGACCUGCUCCCCAGCAACAAGAACAGCAAUAACAACAGUGGUCGUGUGAAGCACUCAGCCUGCCGCCUCCUGAGCAUCUUCGGCGCCGUCUCCACCUAUAUGCCCGGCCUGCAGCGCCUGACGCUGCCGCAGCUCAGCUGCCCAGUGGCCCUGCCGUGGCUCGGCGCGCUGGCCACGCCCGGCUCCCCCCUCUCCCAGCACCUGCGUCAGCUCACGCUCACCACCUGCUCCUAUACGGCGCCUGCGCACCUCACGGAGGCGGGGCUGGCAGCGCUUUGCGGCCUUACAGCCCUGGAGCAACUCACCCUGGGCUGCCUGGAGCUAGGCGGCCACCUGGAGGGGGCGCCGGACCGGGGGGAGUACUAUCAGCAGUACCAGCAGGGGUACCCGCAGGCGUGGGGCGGCGGCGGCAGCAACGAGGCGGACGACUUGUGGCCACUGCAGCUGCUGCUGGGCGCCCGCCGCCCGCCGCGCCUGCGCCGCCUGGCGCUGGAGGGCGGGUACUUCUCGCUUGCACCUUCGGCGGAGCUGCUGGAGGUCAGCUACGAGCCCGGCCUGCGGUUGCCGCGGCCGUCGGGGUUGUCGGGGCCAGAGGCAGGGGCAGUGGCAGGAGCGGGUGCAGGAGGGGGGGUGGCGACAGCUGCGGGGAGCCCCGGUGGCGGCUGGGGCAUCAGCCACGUGCGGGUGCAGCCGCCGCCUUGCCACCCGCUGCUGUGCCUUGAUGCAAUGGCGGCGGUGCUGCUGGAGGCGACGGAGGCGCUGGGGCAGCGGCGGGUGCCGGAGCUGGCCAUACCGCAGCUGGUGGUUGCGGUGGAGGAGCAGCAGCAGGUGGAGGAUGAGGAGGAGCAGGCCAGGGUGUUGGGGCCGCAGGGCGCUCUGCCGCAGCUGGUGGCACGGUGUGGGCGGGUGCUGAUGGACCGCCUCGUGGUGGAGCAGGAACCGCAGGGUCGCCAGCAGCAGGGACAGCACCAGGACCAGCACCAGGGCCAACCCAGCCGCCAGCAUGACGCGGUAGUGGCGGCGGUGGUGCGGGUGCUGGGUCUGCCACGGCUGCUGAAGCUGCGGCAUGGCGAGUGGGCCUGCUGCGUACCGGAGGAGCUGAUGCCGCCCGCAGCAGGUGAGGGUGCGGCGCCGCCAGCAACAGGGCAGUGUCAGGAGCCACAUGCGGGUCGGCCGCGCAAGCGCUUGCGGGCGGCGCUGCAAGACUGGGAACAGCCGCAGCAGGAGCGGUUGCGGCAGCAAGGGCUGGAGGGGGAGGUGGGACAAGCUCGUAACAAGGGGGAGUUGUGUCUGGACACCGCCUGUCCGGAGGAGGUGUUGGCGGCGGCGCUGGACCGGCUGGGCUGUCCCGAGUCGCCGAGUUGUUGCAGCCCUUCCGGGAUGCUGUUCCGCACCGGCUGCACUGGCGGCGGCAGCGGCGGUGGAACGCAGGCGGUCGUGCUGCAUGUGCCGUGGAGGUGGAGGGGAAGCGGCAUUGCCGGCUGCGUGCUGAAGGAGGCUGUGCUGCAGGUCCUGACCGACUUGUGGACCCAGGCCAGCGGGCAGGAUGGCCGACGCGGUAAGCACGGUGGCGCUGGCACCAGCGGCAGCGGCGACGACGGGGAGGCGAUGUCAGCUACAGAGCGCAACAGUGGGAGCAGCGGCGGCGGCGCUGGCGUUGGUAGUGUUUGCGGAACUGGAGCUGACGUCCAGGCUGGCCUGCUGGCGGUGCGGCUUCAACGGCUGCUGGCUUUGGACUCGGGCGUGCGGCGACUGUGGUCAGAAGGCUCGAGCUGAGGACUGCGAUUGAUGUAUCAUACAAAGGAGGACGGGUACUUAUGAAGAAACCGAUAAAGUGAUUACCAGUUUUGAGAUGACUAGUGACUCUUUGAAAGCAGCAUUUAUGAGAGUUGGUUAUGGGACGUGGGGCUCGCGUUGCCGCUUCUUGAUGAGGCUUGGGAUAAGAACGGGGGACUUGCUAUCCUUCUGGCAUAUUGGUGGCUGGCGACGGGGCAACGGCGGCUGUGGACGGCGGUGCAGCUGCAGAUGACUGCGCCGAGGGAGGCCGCCGCGCACUGCCCUGACUGACUUCCUCAGCACAUCCAGCACCUGGUCGCCCAGCCCCCCCUGGCCCCACCCAAACUGCGGGAGGCGGUGCUGCUGCCGUCUGCGGCUGUAGCAGCCGCACGGCGCGGGCGCGUGGCGGCGCUGGGCUGGCUGCUGCGGGAGCUCGGGGCCGGGCAGGUGGCGGCGGCGGCGGCCGCGCGGCAGGCUGGUGGUGGUGCGGGUGCCUGUGCACCAGCGGCUGGUGCAAGCGGCAGAGGCGGACUGCAUGGUGGCUCUGAGGGAGAGGGCGAAGUUGAGGAGGCCGACAGUGAUGGUCGAUGGCUGCGCUGGCUGACACGGUGUGCGGCCGCGGCGGGGCAUGUGGGUGCGCUGCGGCUGCUGGCGGAGGGCCACGGGGUGCGCAUCGACCUGGAGGAGCUGACGGAGGCGGUGUGGGAGGCAUGGAAGGGCCGGGUGGCCGGCGCCAGGUGAGGUACUUACUCAUGAGCCCGCAGCCCGACGGCUCGCUUGGCGCACUGCUGGAGGAGGACUGGGAGGACAUGGAGAGCGUUGAGAAGGAUGAUGACGAUGACGGCAUUGACAGCGGGGCGGGAGAUGGCGACACGACAGCCACGGCCACUGCUACAGCUGCUACUGGACUGACAUGCUGCGCAAGUGUGGUAGGCGUGCGCCAGCAUGCCGCUGCUGCAGCACCUGCACAGCGCGCGCCGGGCCACCGUGGGAGUGGACGUGGUGGCCGAGGGCGGCAGCAUCCAGGGUGGCGGCGGUGCUGGCAGAGCUGUGUGCUAGUGGUAAGCGUUGUGUGGGUGCAGCGGGUGCGGGCGCAGAUGCGGGUGCGGGUGGCGCAAGCGGUGCGUGUCCGGGUCUGUAUGUAGCCAGCGGCUCGGGCGACGAGUUCGCCGGCUCGUUUCCUGAUUGCACUCCCAAGGUUGUUCGGGUUCCUGCAAGGACGGUGGCGGCCGGGCGGGCUGUGGUGUGGCGGCGCGUCACGGCUGGCUGGCGGGCGCUGGUGAAGGAGGAGGGGAGGAGGGGAGCUGGGAGGAGCUGGACAGGGCUGCGGCGGUGCUGGCAGAGCUGCGUGCUAGUGGUAAGAGUGGUGUGGGUGCAGCGGGUGUGGAUGGGUGCGGGUGCGUGUGGCGUGAGCCGUGCGAGUGCGGGUCUGGGUGAAGCCAGCCGUUCGCGAGACGAGUUCACCGAGCAUUGCACUCCCAAGGUUGUUCGGGUUCCUGCAAGGACGGCGGCCGGGCGGGCUGAGGUGGCGACGGCGCGUCACGGCUGGCUGGCUGGGCGAGUGGCUCCCAGCCAUCUGUGCUGGCUGCAGGUGCGGAGGCUGGCAGCGGCGGCGGCGGUGCAGGCUGCGGAGCGGGAGCGGAUGAUGCAGGUGUGGGUAGUCUAGGUGCUGGUGGUCUAGGUGCACGGGGAACUAAGGGGACGAGACUGGCUCUGAACUUCAUUCCAAUGAGA